AUGGGGCCCGUCGUUCGGCCGCUGCAGGCUGCAGCUCGUGGACACAAUAAAAUGAUUUUAUAUCAAUUUAUAGGAGCCAUCAAAAUGUACAUAUGUUGUAACAUAAAAUUAAUCAAAAGUAUAACAACAAAAGAAUUUAAUAAUACGACAAUGGUUGGGCGGAGACGCAGGGCGGCGCCCUCCGCCGGUAAGCUUAUUAUCGCGCCCGGCCGGGGUCGCGCCACCAAGAACAUAUUUGCUUUGUACGCGAAUGUCAACCGGCCGUCGCCGCGGCCUGAACAGAGUCAA